AUGUUCAAAGAUUAUUUAAGAAACCAUGCUUUGGUGCAUUAGAAGCCGAUAAAAGCCCAUUAAACUUGAGUCAUUGUCAACGAAAAACAGCAAAUGAAAUUCAAAUAUUAGAGGUUAAACCACAGCUCGCUCGGAAAUCAAAAAAUUCUCUUUGGACUUGUUUUAAAGAAAAAACCUUUUUAAAAUGGGAUGCUACAGUGAAGAAAAAUUCUAUGAUUACUAAAUUUUUGAAUCCGAAUACUCUUAACAACUCCACAAAGCAAUAUAUGAAUGAUGAAAAAGUGUAUAUGGUUCCUCUGCCAAACUUUACAGCCUAUCCACCAAACGUUAAUAAUCAUCCACAAGGAUUAAUCACAACCUUAUGGAAAUUUAUAAAGAUCAUGAUUUAUCCAAGAAGCCGUGUAAUCACUAAGGAUAAAUAUUCUCCUUUCUUGCAUGUAAUUGAUAAUGAAAAUGACACGAGGAUGUAUAAUUGUCCGUCAAUAAUCGCGGCAACUGAGUUCAAAUGGGCAUCUGCAAGAAAACACUUUCUUAGACAUUUUGUGAUGUAUCUUAUCUUUGUAAUCUCAUUUGCAAUUAGUGCAGGCGACUUUACCAGCCGAAAGUUAGCGAGGAGCAUUACAUUUGAAUCACAUAAAAGCGUAGCUUUGUGGGCCAACGUUAUUUCUCUUUACAUUGGAUAUCACUUAUUUGUAUCAGAAUUAAUACAAUUAAAGAGAGAACUUAAGGAUCCUGUGGCAUCUCAAUUUUCAGUUGAUUCCUACCUAAUAAAAAAUGCCUCAAAUCUUACACAAAAUCUUUUUCCUAAUAUUACAAUUCAACAUAAUGUAGAUCCAACAACUCGUUCAGACAAUUAUUUUUCAACUUUUGCUUCAUCAGUUGAAGCAGUAUAUUUUUGGACUAAUGGAAGAUGGGAUCAACUAAGCAAUUGGGAUAGUACUGCAGUAGAUAUUAUGAAAGCUGACAUGACAGGUAAAUACGCUGCUCGAAAAUAUAGGGCUGAAAUGAUUUGUGAUUAUGAAACUUUAGAAAAACCAUUGGACAGUAAAAGAGGAAAUCCUCGGUACAUUUAUUACAUUGCCAAUAGUGAUUUUAUUGAUAAAUGGUUAAACGAAAACAAGGCUUAUCAACAAAAAAGUUGGUCAGCCCAUACCGACAGUGAUGAUGAUAAAAUAUUCGAUGAUAGUGAUAGUGAUGGUGACGAUGAAAAUGACGGUACCAUAAAUGAUAAAAGCUCUGAUAUUAAAAAAAGGGACAUUCCAGAUGGUUCAAGCGAUUUUUGUGGGUCUUAUAAGAUGAAUGGCAGUUAUUAUUUGCAUGAUGAAGAAAAUUAUAAAUCAAUAUCUACAGCAACUUUGAAGGACUCAUUAUCAAAGAAAUCCCAUCUAAAAGAGAAUAAUGACGAGAAUUCAAGAUCAAUUAACUUUAAUGAUACAAUUGUCACAUCACAUUCAGGUCCACAAUUACCCAUUCUUAUUGAUGAUAAUCUAGAUAUGAGUGAACAAGUAGAAAAAAUAAGCAAGCGACUUAAAAUUUUGGAAGAGGGAACGGGUGAUAAAGAUAAAAAUAAGAAUAGGGAGUUUGAGAACAGAUUCAAGGCGUUGGAACGAAAUAUUAACACCAUUUUAGUUAAGCUUAACAAGUUAUCCAAUUGA